AUGUCGUCAAUCGCGCGACCCCCAGACCCAUGCCUAGUCGCCAUAAUCCUAAUUGUGCGCUCGCGCGCCGGUCCUCGCUUCGUCUUCCACUACCCACCCAACCCGCUGUCCGACAACGGCCUCAAAUCCGCAAAGAAAGCACGACGCGCCUCGCGCACCAAGAGCACGCGCAGCAGUGACUCCAGCUCCAGCGACGACAGUGGCCCGACUUCCGACGAGGACGAGGAGGAACACCAACGCCUCCAACAACAGCAGCAGCAACAACAGGCACAGCAACAGUCCAGCCACAUCGCCGGGCAGCCCCUCAGCGUGACGCAUCUCGCCGGCAGCGCCGUGUCGCGCCGCUCGAGCAACUUCGGCCUCGAUGACCACGUCGGCAUGGCGGCAUCGCCGGGGGGCGAGUCGGCGCGUGCUGGGUCGAUCGGGUCCGGGCGGACGCUGUUGCGGAAGCGCGGGGGCAAUUCAGACGUCGAGGACGACGCGGGCACGAGUUCGGAUCGUCAGGACGACGCGGGUUCGUCGGCGAUGGGGGGCGGACGGAAAGGCGGGCCUCCACCGUGGGAGUCGCUGCUGGGACUUCCGGCGAAAGUGUGGGAGAAGCUGCUGAGCCCGUCGCGGGCGUGGCACAAGCGGCGGUUUGAGGUGGGCAUCAACGACCUCGGACGGAAGAAGAAGAAGAAGCCCCGGGCUGAACGGCAGGGAGGCGAGCUCGGACAUAAUGAGCAUACGGAUGACGCGCGCGAGGAGGCGGAUGCGGGCGAGGAGCUUAUGGUCGCGUCGACGGAGACGCUGAGCCCGCAUCAGAUGAGCGCUUCGGAGUCGCAGCGGGCGUCGAUAGCGAGCAGCAAGACCGGCCGGGCGCCGAGUGAGUCGCUCGAUGUUGAUGAUAAGGAUCGCAUGACGAUGUUUAAUGUCGUCUUUGUGCUGGAUCCGCCGUUGCUGGAGUACUCGAUGCGCAGUCGCGAGAUAUACGAUAAUAUCAUCAAAAAGUUCGCAAAGGCGUUGAAGUGGGAGCAGGCCCGGACGGGUUAUGUCUGGCGCGAGGCGCAGCAUAUCUCGCAUAUCAAGGAGAAGGCGAAGGAGAAAGGAACCUCGGUCAAUGCCCUCUAUACCGAGCUGAUCAACCAGUCCUCUCUGGCGAGAGCGAUAUAUACGGUUUACACCAGCAUCGCAGCGUCGAAGAUCGCGUCCGUCUCUUUGAGCCCGGAUGUUUCCAUCUCCCUUCAGAUUCCGCCCCUAACCUCGACGCCGUAUCUCCCUGGCCCGACUGACGAAGCUUAUCCUGGCCUGUGGCUCACGACAGCAGACAGCGUCACGCCGGUGGAUGAUCCUACGGCAAACGAAAGCACGGCGCCGCAUCAGGUAUUGGCGAAGCAUUUCGCUUUGCUGUUACUUGACAGCGAGGCAACUAUUCUCAAGGAUGUUGAAGCAUCGGGCGGUGCACUAGCUCCCGCUCUUGCUCACUACAUUCGAUGCUCUAAGCCUACGAAAUCCUUUGCCCAGAUCUCCGCCUCGUCGGGGAUCCCCCUUCCAACCAUCCAGAUGCUGGCGAGUCAUCUGGUGUACUGGCGGCGUGCACGCGCCAUCCCUCCUCUGCAUCAACGAGACACGUACAUUGUGUCUCCUAACUGUGAUCUCAGCAAGCUUGAUGUGGCUACCGCGGCGUAUCAGUUGGCCUUCCCGACGUUACCCAGCCUUCCUAAGAUGCUGUCUGCUCUGAGCGGAACACCCCGGCCGUAUGGAAGCUUCAUUCCGAGUAAAGACCACAAGGAUGCAUAUUUUGCUAUUCUAGCGUGGUUACUGCGGGGAGGCUGGGUGACGCAGCUUCGGUCUUUCUCGAGAGUCAAGGUCACCCCGGAGAUCAAGAUGGCCGUGGAAGUGGCCCUCCGCCGCGAAGAAGUCGACAAGUAUUUGAGCAAACGCGGGAACGUUUCGUCUGACGCAGGGAACCGCGGGGACUCGUCCGAGCACGAUGACGACGAUGCCAGCUCUUCGUCGUCGUCGUCGCUCGCGAGCCAAGACAGCGGCGAGGAAACGCCUAUGCCGGGCCGCUACAAACAAGACAGCGAGCUGCAGCUGACGCGGUCCUUAUUGGACCGGAAUACAUCCCUGAAAACUUCGUCGCUGAUUCUCUUCCCUCAUCGAGCGUCCCCGCUAGAGUCUCGCUGGAUGGACGAGAUCGUCUCCCGGUUCCCCGACAACCCUCGACCCGCUAGGCCGGGGACCGAGGGCGACCCCGAACAAGCGGGACUCCAGACGUCGCUGAAGCAGUUCUGGCCGACGUACAUCAAAUACUUCAACGGAUACGACGCUUUGGAAAAGAUCUCGGUCCGGGAGAAUCUGAAGCGGAAGCACGUCUGGCAGGUGCUGACCCGUCUGGGGCUGGUGACGGGGUCGCAGGCAUCGCUGGACCUGGAUCCUCGCGAGCAGGUUUUGGUUAGCGUGCGGCAUUGGUGA